AUGUCCGGACAAAACCAGCAGCUCACGCUGUUAUCGAAGCACUGUCUCUUGGGAAUACCGGAAGAGUUGCAAGUUUAUACUCUCCUCGAGCUUACAGCGGAGGACAUUUUGGCUAUCACGAAGGUCUGCCACGCUCUCAAUGACCUUGUCAAGCGUACGCCUGCCGUGCAGUACAAGCUAGAGCUCGGACUCGCCGGGAUGGUAGACGGACCCGCCCAAGGAGUACCUGUCGGGAAGCGUCUCGGGAAUCUGCGUAUGUAUCAGGCUGCUUGGCGCGACAACGACAUCCCCAUGCAAACCGUCGUGAUCCCCCACGGUGCCCCCCGCCCCUACUUCAAGAUGCUGAGGCCUGCGUCUGUCUUUUCUGGCAUAACGGAAGAGAGUAAAGUGAUGAAAAUCAAGGAGAACCUCAUCGACGAAGGUUACAUACAAGGAUGCGCCGUUGAUGUCGCGCAGGACUUGGUUGUCGUAACGAAGCUGGAGCUUGGCGAGCUUCCAGAGUUAUACAUCCUAUCGCAAGACGGAACGUUUCACCCACUCGCAGCGCAACCGCACAUUGAAGGAGACGAGGAACUCUCUGAAUGCAUAGACCCUGAGGAGAAGCUCGAGAUCUGUGGAGACCUGAUCGCGUGGUCAGUAGCCACCGACUCUACAAAUAUUACCGUGAUCAACUGGAAGACGGGCCGCACGGUUUGGUCUAGUGGAGAAUGGCAUGACGGUAAUCCGAUGUUUUACCUGCGCUGCCACUUCCUCGACCCCACGCAUCUCUUGAUCGUCGAGAACUUGAACCUACACAUCCAUGAGGUCGACCCGGCGCAGCCUCACUGCAACGCUUCGUACGACAAUGCGUUGUGCACCUUGAAGUUGCCCGCACUUGCCGGACAGAAGAGCCCUCACGACGUGAAGAGUGCCAUGGAGAUCCCGCCUGUGUACCCCGGCGCCGCAGCGCUCUUCCAGCGCGAUCCUGCACUCACCCUGCUCGCGCUCAGGUUUUCGGCGUGUAAUGACCCCGUGUAUCGGCGCUCCUCCACGGUGUGCAAGUCCUUCGUCGCUCUGAUACCCAUCGCCACCUUAUUCGCUCAGCUUGAACGCACUCGCAACAAGGAGAAGACUCCGCCGCCACAGGGAGGAAAGGGUCGCAAGGCGCCCAAGGCCAACGUCGCUUCAUGGGAAGAGUGGAGCCCGCUCGGAGCACGCUUCAUGGAGGUCAAAGACGACGGCUGCCGCAUGCGUGCAAUGGGCUCCCAGUGCCUGAUCGUGCCGCGCAAGGGGCCCGAUGACAAGCCGGAGGCGUAUCUGUUCGACGCGCACCCGCUCGCCGGGGACGCUCCGCAUGCGAAGGUCGACUUGAACGAGUCCAAAGUGCGCGCGGACGAGUACAUCACAGAGCCCGAGUGGUUCGUCAACCCGGUGCACAGCACUCUGCCGUAUCGUGUCGCGCACAAGACGUAUGACAGGAAGUUGGAGCCCGAAGCCCACCAAUACCUCGGCUCGAUGUCGAUAUCGCAUGACGGGCUCAUUGGUGUGAGCUACCAGCUACCGCCUCCGAAGUCGAAGUGA